CACUGGAUGGAGGGAUGGACCAAGGAAGUGGGGGAGGGAGAAUGGAGUGGCCUUUGCAUGGACGGCAAGGGCUAAUUCUGGACUCCUAAUCCUGGUCCCGUCCACCCUCCCCCCUCUUCCUGCUUGCUAACUCUAUAGUGACACUAAGGAGCAAUUGGCGCCCAGGUAGACAUAUCACAUACACACAUAGUCCUUAUCCUACAGAAGUUUAGCGAGACGGGAGACCGAGGAAAAGGCAGUGUUUGCUGGUUGACUUUACUGGCAACUGCUGUGUGUGGCCUGGAUCCCUAACACACCUGUGUGAGCUUCACUAGAGAAUGUAGCUGCAGCCCUCCAGCCAAGACACACGACACACACCAACAUGGGAGAAGCUCAAAAGCUUGAUCUGGAGAAGGCCAGGCAAGCUGGCGGCUUACUCUCUGUCAUAGAGAAACUGAAGGGAUCAACAGAGCAGGAGGUCAGAAUAGUGCUACUGGGCCUGGACAACGCUGGCAAGACCACCCUGCUGAAAAGCCUGGCCUCUGAAGAUGUUAACACCAUCACACCAACACAGGGCUUCAACAUUAAGAGUGUUGCCUCUCAUGGCAUGAAACUCAAUGUCUGGGACAUUGGAGGACAAAGAAAGAUCAGGCCCUUCUGGAAGAAGUACCUGGAAAACACAGACCUCUUGAUUUACGUUAUUGACAGCGCAGACAAGAAGCGGUUUGAGGAGACGGGACUGGAGCUGUCCGAGCUGAUUGACGAGGAGAAUUUAAAGGGAGUACCAGUGCUCAUCUUUGCUAAUAAGCAGGAUCUGGCCACGGCUUCACCGGCCAGUGAGAUUGCUGAAGGACUCAACCUGCAUACAUACCGGGACCGUGAGUGGCAGAUUCAAGCCUGCUCUGCGGUGUCUGGGGAGGGAGUUCAGGAUGGCAUGAACUGGAUUUGCAACAACAUUGUGAACAAAAAGAAGUGAAACACAAGCCCAGACAACGCUGACCAGUGUUAAACAGAGAACCGGCUACACUUGAUAAAAAAGAAACACAUCUCUGGCACAGUCAUGUUCCCACAUAGAUUUGAAUAAUAUUGUUUUUACAAUUUGUGUCAUUUUUAUUCAUAUUUUGCAAAUGUAGCUAACAUACAUUGAUACUCCUGCUUUAGUUAGAUCUAGUUACUCAUUUGUUUAUUCAUAAUUCCUGAACAUGUAAGUUUGUGUUCCCGAUGUCUCAAUCAUUCUUGUCUGGUGAAUAUGUGUACUUUCUCAAGCAACUAAGAUAAGUGAGUAGCCACGCAAAAGCAGAUUGUCAAUUUAAAUAGACAUCUGUUUUAUUUGUUUCGAGCUCAUGCGUGUGUGUCAAUAUUUUUGAAAAUAAAAUGAUUAGUUAUUAAUGUGAUUUUGUUUUCUUGUUGUAGGUUCAAAUGCAACCAUGUGUGCAACUCAAGUAACCAAAAAAUGUAAAUGCAAUGAUUUGCUGAUCUCAUAAACCAAAAUUGAACUCCUUGUCUUCUCUGCUUUUAUGAGCUCAUGCUUGUUGACUGGUGCAGUGUGCGGUCUGU